AUGUUCACCUAUCUAUCCAUCUCAAUCUGUUCAUAUCUAUCUAUCUAUCUAUCUAUCUAUCUAUCUAUCUAUCUAUCUAUCUAUCUAUCUCAGUCUAUUUAUAUCUAUCAAUCUCUGUUUGUUCAUAUCUAUCUAUCUAUCUAUCUAUCUAUCUAUCAUAAAGCAGGGGUUUCAAACUCAAGUCCACAAAAUUUAAAUCUAAGUCUUGGUAUCUAUCUAUCUAUCUAUUUAUCUAUCUAUCUAUCAUAUUCUGAUCAUGUCUGUCUAUCUAUCUCAUUCUCCUCAUAUCUAUCUAUCGGCAGAAAUAUCCACCUGUCAUUUUGUCUACUUUAUCAAUGGCAAUUAUGUAUCUUGGUUCAUCUCUGUCUCAAAUUGUUCAUAUCUAUCUAUCUAUCUAUCUAUCUAUCUAUCUAUCUCCUGCUCAUAUCUAUUUAUUUAAAUAUUUCUUUAAUAAGAUGGUGUCCCCAGAACAAUAAUGACUAUUUCUGUCUGUUAAUUUUUCUAUCUAUCUAUCUAUCUAUCUAUCUAUCUAUCUAUCUAUCUAUCUAUCUAUCUAUCUGUCUGUUAUCUGUCUACUCUCUGUCUCACUCUGUGUUUCUCUCUCUCUCUCCCUGUCUCUCUCUCUCUCUGUCUCACUCUCUCUCCCUAUAUAUAUAUAUAUAUAUAUAUAUAUAUACCUUUGUCAUUUCAUACCUAUCUCAUUUAUUCUGUUCAAAUAUCUAUCUAUCUAUCUAUCUAUCUAUCUAUCUAUCUAUCUAUCUAUCUAUCUAUGUAUUUAAUUCUAUUCGUGUCUAUCAUAUAUUUCAGUCUGUAUUUUUCAGUAUCUGUCUACUCUCUGUCUCACUCUGUGUUUCUCUCUCUCUCUCUCUCCCUGUCCCUCUCUCUGUCUCACUCUCUCACCCUAUAUAUAUAUAUAUAUAUACCUUUGUCAUUUCAUACCUAUCUCUUUUAUUCUAUUCAAAUAUCUAUCUAUCUAUCUAUCACUCUCUCACUCUAUCUAUUUAUUUUUCUCUCUCUCUAUUUAUUCCUUCCUCUCCCUCCCUAUCUAUCUAUCUAUCUAUCUAUCUAUCUAUCUAUCUAUCUAUCUAUCUAUCUAUCUAUCUAUCUAUCUGUUUUCAUAAUAAAGUUGAUAUGAACCUACUGGUUUCAAUUGUGUUCCUGUCAAACAAAUCUUUUCAUAUCUAUCUAUAUAUCUAUCAGUCUUUUCAUAUCUAUCUAUCUAUCUAUCUAUCUAUCUAUCUAUCUUCAUGA